UAAAAGAUCGAAAUGACAAAUAUACGUCAAUGUCAAUGUCAUUUUCUUCUUCUCCCUAGCAGCUCCAACCGUUACAAUGUCUCACAGUCUGAAAAUUAUUUCAAGUUUAACCAAAGUAACAUCUCCUGAAGUUAAACGGAGUUUGACGAGACUCUCACGUGGAGCUUUUAUGAGUACAAGUCAGUCUCCACCUGGUCAGUCGGAUAAGAAAGCUCCUCCACUUCCACCUAAGAAAACUAAAGCGCAUAAAGAAGAAGCUCAAGUUGCUGAGAAAGGAGACACCUAUAAGGCUGGUGAAAGCUACUUCAGCUUCAAUCCAUAUAGUUUCUAUGAUUUUGAAAAAGAUAUGCACAAGCACAGAGCGCCACAGCCAAGUUCUCUUCCCAAGGAGAAAUAUUAUUGUAAUGAAGUUGAACCAAUGGAAGAGGAGGAAGCAAUAGAGAUCAAACCACCACAACAAAGACGCCUUCUACCAAAUCCUUGGGGCUACUUAGUGGAAUGGCCCGGUAUGAAUGAAGUGAAAGUUCAGGAGGCUAAAAAGAAGCAGGUCAAAGUUAAGAAGCGAAAUACAAAUGAUUACGUUCCUGUGGUUGAGAAUGUUUAUCCAGUGAAGAGAGACCCCAAGAAAGACCCAUUCUACAAAGCCCGCAUCAAUCUCUGAGCUGCGACCUCAACAAAUAUAUCUGGUGUAAGAAA